CAGAUUUCAGGCGACAAUGGACAGCUUCCUCCGUCCUCUCUUUAGGAGCUUUUCCUCCUUCGCAGCGUUGCUUAAGGCCGCUUCUCCCCUAGAGGGCGCGGAGCAGCCGCUCCGGCAGCGUUUUACACGCUCCCAUAAAAGGGCAGGGGGCGGAUCGCUCACUUUCCCUCUUUGAGCACGGGAUUGGAAGGCGGCGGGGCCUAUAAAUUCAGGCAGGGCGGAGUGAAACAAAGCAGUUUGCAAGCAACUGGAUCUGGAAGGAGAGGGUGAGGACAACUUGGAGUUACAAGGACUCUCAUCUGGAGCCCGCUUGAGACCCGUCUUUGCACUGCGGGUUUUUUUUGUGUUUUUUGUGUUUUUUUUUUUAACCAUUUCUUAGUUUCUUCUUCUUGUUCCCUCCCCAAAUCGACAAAGUAAUUGUUUUUAUUUGAGAAAAGGGAAAAAAGAUCAAGGACAUCUCAAUGAAGGAAAGAAGAGCGAGCCAAAAAUUAUCCAGCAAAUCGAUCAUGGAUCCUAAUCAGAACGUAAAGUGCAAAAUAGUGGUGGUUGGGGAUACCCAGUGUGGGAAGACCGCUCUGCUACACGUUUUCGCGAAGGACUGCUUCCCUGAGAACUAUGUACCCACUGUGUUUGAAAAUUACACGGCCAGUUUUGAAAUUGACACACAAAGGAUAGAACUCAGUCUCUGGGAUACUUCUGGGUCUCCUUACUAUGAUAAUGUCCGCCCACUUUCCUAUCCAGAUUCUGAUGCCGUCUUAAUUUGUUUUGACAUUAGUCGUCCAGAAACACUUGACAGUGUAUUAAAAAAGUGGAAAGGUGAAAUCCAGGAGUUCUGUCCCAACACCAAAAUGCUUCUGGUUGGCUGCAAAUCUGACCUGCGCACAGAUGUUAGUACUUUAGUAGAGCUGUCCAAUCACAGGCAAACACCAGUAUCCUACGAUCAGGGUGCAAACAUGGCCAAGCAGAUUGGAGCAGCCACUUAUAUUGAAUGUUCAGCCUUGCAAUCGGAAAACAGCGUCAGAGACAUUUUUCAUGUUGCUACCUUGGCAUGUGUGAACAAAACAAACAAAAAUGUUAAGCGGAACAAGUCACAGCGAGCAACAAAACGCAUUUCACACAUGCCAGGCAGGCCAGAACUUUCUACAGUCACUACAGAUCUGAGAAAGGACAAAGCUAAGAGCUGUACAGUGAUGUAAAGGAUUUGGUUUCCUAAUGGAGAUGGCAAGGACCAUGUAUAUGGGUGGGACAGGCCGAAAACCCAAGGAGAAGUGCCCAGUGAAAAUGGUCUGUUUGUAUGGGCAAAGAAAUGUCAAUGCUUAACAGCUGCGAUUCACCUUCUGUAGUCAAGAAACUGUAUUUGAGGAGUCUGUAUGUAGAGGAAGCAGUGGGAGAGAUGGAUUUUGAAGGAUGUCUUGUUACUUGGAUAAAAUACCAAAUACGAAGGAAACUAUUUGAAUGUGCUAAAGAAGUGAGAGGAUUGGUAGCACCUGAAGAAAUGAUGUCCUGGAAUAUGCUUAUUUUUUGAUCUAUUUUUGAAUACAGACGUUGAUUUCAAUUACAUGCUAAAACGUUGCUUUUAAAUAAAUUCACAAUAUUCCUAUCUCUUGCCCCCAAAUGACACCAUUGUUUUGUUUUUUUCCAAAGAAUAGGAUUGCUUUUCCUUUUAGUUUAUCUUUAACAUAGGAAAUGUGUCAUGGGUUAUCCAGGAAACACUGUUAAGAGGCUUUAAAGUAUCACUUUAUAAAAAGGACUAGAGAGGAGAAAAUGUAAGCAAGUCAGGAAUUUAGAAAGCUUCAAGGACUUCUAAUAUAGAAACAAAUUGCCCAAGAAGAAAAGGAAGGAAGUAACUUACUCUGUUAAGAGCAGUUUUCAGUCAGACUCUUCCUCUUCAUCAUUGUGACAGUGAUGAAAAAGUUGGGAGUGGUCUGAAAGCUAAAUUUUGAUGGCUUCUCUAUAAAGACAUUGUAUACUGUUUGGAUGUCUUCGGUUGAAUUACAAAGCCGAAUGAAUGGUGCUAAGAGUUAGUUAUAAAAGGUCCUUAAUUAGAAAGGAAUGUUAGUCUUAUUGCCCUUCUAAUCGGCUCCUUUGGUAUGAAGGAGGCACAAAACCUCAGCACUGUGUAUGGGAAUAAGUGCUGUUCUGCUAUUUGACUUUUCUACAAUUCUAUACUGGAUGUUUUGUUUUGUUGUUUUUUAAAGCUAGCACAUGAGCCAACAUGCCCAAUUAUCUCUAUUAUGAUGCAUCUCUAAAAUGGCUGCAUAUGGAUGACCAUCUCUUAUUACACACUCCUGUUUACAUGUAAUGAGCAUGCUGAGGAAAUAGGGGGGAGAAGGGGCCUGAAGAACAGCGGAGCCUUUAAGGGGUCCCAUGUGGAAAUUGGAUAUUGCAUUAAUCCUAAAGGUCUAAUGCAAGCAUAUCCAGACAGUGAUCAUUAAACAUUACUUGUGUGACCCAGAUUCUGUCAAAUUCCUUUUCACUGACUGAUGACUAUUGUUACAUCCACUAAGCCAAUCUUGAAAAUAGUUUGCAGAUGUUGUUAAGCUUUAGAGGACACAGUAGACUCUCUGCCUAGAGCAGCUCUACGGCUUGUUGAAUGCAAGCAUUUUCUCAAAUGCUUCAUUUUUGAAGUAAUUUUUAUUUCCACAAAAAUUCCAGAUAUAUUGCCACCAUGAUAUGCUUAUGAUUGAUGCAAUGGUAUGCUUAAGGCAGUAUUAAAAGAAAAUAGCUGGCAAGUGCUUUCUGUAUUUAAGUAUUGUAAAAAGAAAAAUAAGUUAACUGUUUCAACAGAACAUCCAUCACUUUUUAACAAACGUCAGUCACUUUGUAUGUUUGGUUAUUUGUUCCUGCAGUAUUUAUUUUUCUUUUGAAUAAAAAAGUUUAGUCAGGUAAA